AUGGAUACGGCUAUAAAAGCCGGAGAACUUUUGAUGACUGAGCAACCUUUUGCUUACGUCCUUUCGUCGAAGGAAAAAGGGCUCAGAUGUGAUAAUUGUUUACAAAAAUUGAAGGUCCUCAAAUGUUCUGGAUGUCAGUUUGUGCAUUACUGUGGCCGUUUGUGUCAACGUGAUGCAUGGAAUGAACAUAAGUGGGAGUGCGCUAACUUAAAGAGAGUUGCCCCUAAGAUCAUUCCCGAUGGUGCUCGAAUGUUGGCCAAGAUCAUAAACCGACUGAAUCGUGGGGAUGGUCACACAUACCGUGCCUUUUACUCUCCAAUGUCGUUUCGCAUGUGGAAGGAUCUAAUGUCUCAUUACCCUGACUUGAAAAAAGAUAAAAAGCGAAUGGACCAUUUUACAUCACUUUGCGUUGUGUUGUUUGAAUUUCUUAAAGACAUAUCACUGCCUAACACUGUUGAGCUUAUGGGAAUGUAUGGAAGAAUGGUCAUCAAUAGUUUUACGAUUUUAGACACAGACAUGAACUCAAUUGGAACAGGUAUAUAUCUAGCAUCAUCUAUUAUAGACCACAGUUGCAGCCCUAACGCAGUGGUAACCUUCGAUGGAAAGACGAUUAAUAUAAGAGCUGUCAAGGAUAUGCCAAACUUGGAUUGGAAUCAGAUACGUAUAUCAUACAUCGAUCUUCUAAAGACACCUUACGAAAGGCAGACGGAACUACUAGAGAACUACUACUUCUUGUGCGAGUGUGACAGGUGCAUUGAUGAAACGCAGCUUAAAAUACUGCACGCGGCUAAAUGUCCGAACACCAAAUGCGACAAUCCUAUAAACAUACCUUGGAAGGAAAACUGUAAAUUGGUAAGAAAGCAAACCAUAGACAAUGAAGAUAAACAAUCGAAACAAAAUGGAGUUGUUAGUAAUGGACAAAAUGUUGACUUUAAAAACCCCACUGAACAUGGAGACACCGUGAGAGAUAUAACAGAGAUGCAAUGCAGCGUGUGUGGAACGAAAUGUACACAGAAGUUUAUCGAUCUAUUUAAGAAGGCAAUGGAGUUCACGGAGAUGCAUUUGCAAAAUAUGAAGGGUACGUCGGUGGCGUAUGUUGAUGUUUGCAAGUUCUGCCUUGAGAAACAGGAAGGAGUUUUACAUCCACUGAAUGUAAUGCACGCUCAGACGUUGGAUCAUGCGUUUGAUGCUCUAAUUCAAGUCCAGCUGUGGGAGACAGCUUGCGUUUAUGCUGAGAGAUUAAUUCCAUGUUUCAGAUUCUAUUACGGUGAGAGACAUCCAUUACUGGGAUUAUUGCAUUUGAAGUAUGGAAAGAUAUUGCUUUAUAAAGUGGAUCUACAAAGAGCUUUAGAACAAUUGAAAUUCUCAGAAAAAAUUCUUAGAAUCACACAUGGUGACAGGCAUCCCUUGUAUAAGGACCAGUUAUUGCCUUUACUAAGUCAAGCCAUGCUGGAAUCAUAG